UUUGUUCGCUCUCUUGUCGACACGUCAGAUACAAAAAUCUUCUCCCAAAAUGAAAACGUGGAAAUCAGCCGUUGAGAAAAAUUAAAAUUAAAAAAACUUUGUAAAACAAAUUCAAUUUUUAAUAUUUUUUAUACUGUAAAUAAAAUAAAUCUGAAAUGUGAAGUGCCGGUGAAAAAACUGUGAUCAAAGUGUACCAAGUGCAACAAAGUGUAUUGUAAUAUUUAUUUCAAAAAAAGAUAUCAACGAUUUUGUGAAUUAAUUUAUGGUGGUCGACAAUUGGAACACAAAGUGACAUAAAAAAUUAGUAUUAAUCUAAUUUAGAUAAUUAGUAUAACAAAAAUUAAAUCAGAGACUAAAUAAAAAAAAUUUGUUUAAAUUUUUAAUUAUUUAAAAAUUUUUUAAAAUUCAAAUUAAGUUUGAACAAAUGGCUUGUAAUGCAAAAUUAGUGACCGAGGAUGACCUCAUUCUCUAUAUGGACGAAUUCUCAACUGAUAGUAAAACGAAUAAAAAUAAUGAGACCCCAAAAAUCUCGGAUCGACUUUUGGAGACCGAUAACACGUAUAAUCCGAAACCCACCCACGGCCCUGAGAUUGAUGACCUUGAUCCAGAUGAGAAUCCCCCAGAUGUCGAAUCCGAUGACCGAGGCAUUGAUGACGGAUUUUUAUCUGAAAGGCCAAACAAAAAACCUGGAUAUUAUCCAACUUUUCCGAAAAAUCCACGUCCAGCGGAUCCGGAAUUACCAUCUGGAUUUGUGCCAGAUGUGAAUGUGUAUCAACAAAAAAAGACGAUUGCGGAAGGGAUGAUGAACCUGGCUUUAAUUAUUGCAAAUGGAACUCAAUUUCGAUACGUUCUUCAAAGCAGUGAUAAAAUCACGAGCACCAAGUUAAAUUUUGCAUUUUUGCAAUAUUCUGCUCUUGAAUUUUAUUCCAUCCCAGAAACUGAUACGUUCAACAGCAGAGAAUUGCUUUUAGCUCUCGGAUGGCUUUUUUCAUCAAAUAAUGCUAUUGAUACUACAUUCAGAUCGAAAAUUAUAAAUAGUUCAUUAGGAAAGGAAUCUUCUUCCCAAGUAUCCGCACAAAAACCACUCGAGAAAAUUCAAUUAUUCUCAGCGGAAGAUCAAAUGAAAAAUAUCGUUCACACUUGUACUAAAUUAAACCACAAUUUAAAACAAAUUUCCGAACUCAUUUCCGAAAAAAUAAAACUAGCAACAAAAGUACAUGCAGCAAGCAUAAACGCAAGUGGUUUACCCCAUCUUUCCGUUUUUGAAAUGGCCUUAACAAAAAGACUUUCUUCUCAAAAAAAAAAUUCGGAGGAUCAAGAAACGAUUUGGUCAUUACAAAAUUUAUCAACAAUGAUCGAUUUGCAUCCAAAAUGGAUUAAAAAGCAGCACAUUUUCUUCGAAUGGAUGAUAUCAGUCAUCGAGGAAUCAAAAUCCGCUCAAAAGCCGAUAAUUACCGAAGAAUCUUGUCUCGAAAUUUUCAAAUUCACCACUUGUCUUCGACAUUUCGUCAAAAAGAAAAUGCACAAUUUGAAACGAAAUCUGGACGAGAUUCCGAAUUUUGAUUCCGCUCCGGAUUGUGUUUCACGACUUCUCAGGAUUCAAAAUUCCGAAACUGAAGCGGAAAAUUGGGUCGAAAAGGCGAAAAAAAAUUUGGAAUUGACGGAAAAGGAAAUUGAAUUGAAGGAGAAGGAUUUGCUCAAAGAACUUAAAUCGAUGCUGAAAUUAAUUCAGAAUUGCGUUCGUGUGUGAUUUAUAAUACAAUUUUUACUUUAAGGGAAACAAUAAUUUUUGAUAAAAAAUAAAAAAUUUCAAUAGCUACUAA